UGACGAAAAUCGUUGCUUCGAACGAACGGAUUAUCCAGCUAACCAAAAACAGAAGCCAGCACCAUGAACUGUCUAUCCGCGAUGUUCAAGUACUUGCUGUACUUGCUGAACCUGGUCUUCGUGGCCGGUGGCGUCCUGCUCAUCGUGGUGGGCUCCAUCAUGCUCUCCACCAUGGGCAACUUUACAGCCUUCGACGGCGGCGUUAGCACCAAGACCAUCCCGAUCUGCAUCAUUGUCAUCGGAUGUGUCACCUUUGUGGUGGCCUUCUUCGGAUGCUGCGGCACCAUUCGCGAGAACGCCUGCUGCACCACCAUUUACGCCAUCUGCAUGCUGAUACUGUUCGGCCUCCAGCUGGCCCUCUCCAUUUGGAUCUUCGCGGCCAACGACAAGUUCCUGACCAGCAUGGGCAAGGUAGUGGACAAGGCCUGGGAUGAGAACAAUGCCGCCCAGGGUUACCCCAUGGACGCCCUCCAAUUGGCCUUCACUUGCUGUGGCAACUCGGGAUACCAACAGUAUGAUACCGUGCCCAGCUCCUGCUGCGGCUACAAGGAUCGCAGCAAGGUGUGCGAAGCGGCAAUCUACACCCAGCGACCUGGCUGCCAGACGGAGUUCGUCGACUUCUGGGCCUCCAAUACGGACCUCAUCCGGUGGAGCAGUCUGAUCAUCGCCCUCUUCGAGCUGGGCAUCUUCAUCAUGUCCUGCUGCCUGGCCAGCGCGAUGAGGAAGCGCUAGACGCCAAAGACUGACCCUACUCCUAGCUAUAGCCCAGUUCCUAUCAUAAAUCCAGAAUCCAGAACACAAAUUCCUCACUCGCCGUAAAUAAACCAGAAUAGGUUAAGCCCAAUGAAAUAUUAUUGCUCAUUCGCUGUCUUCCUCCGGCUACCUAGACUAUCUAAUCAAGACAGGCUGAUGUUUUUCCAAAAAGUGUGUGUCCUUAUCGGCCCGUAAGCCCAUUGCCGCGUUUCCGAGAUCAAAUGCCCUCAAAAGUGAAUCACCUCCAUAUGGCAGUGGCUAUCGAUCUCCCCAGCGCGCACCGCCCAGUUGCCAUUAUCUAUGUCGUUUCGGCCAUGAUUAUGAUAACAGGCCCUCGCGUAUCUUUCAGAUAGCACCCAUUUCUGUUGGGCAACUUAAAAACAGUAGCCCAUCUGGACGACCAGUCCAAUCGAACGACAGUAAACGACGCGAGUGAGCGAUAAAAUCAACUCCUUUGGAUAAAACUAUUGCAAUUACUUUAUUUCACUAAAAGGAGGAGCUAACUACACUUUCAAAAUGGGUUGUCUAUCGGGAAUAGUCAACUUUAUUUUAUAUAUUGUCAAUAUCGUGUUCUUGGUAAGUUGAAUAAACGAAUAAAACGAAUUAAUAAUGUAA